GGUCACAGCGAGUUGCGUCACUGUGACGUUGCGACUGAAGGAGCGGGCGCGGCGUCGGGCGGCCCGGACCGGCCUUUGAAUCGGAAAGCGCGGGAGCGGCCGGGGGUCCCGGAAUGCGGGGUGCGGGCGGAGAGGGGGCUGUGCAGCAGCCGCCAGGCUUCUGGUUCAUCCGCAAGGUGUUCAGUUGGCGAGCAGCAGCUGCAAUUGCAUGGUCUGUCCUGUUGUUGCCUGUCUCCACGACUGUAUUUGUAAUGUUUAGUCGACCGAAUGUGUUCCAUCCAGUUCAGUGGAUUACAGAGACAUUGAACCACCUGAAUAGUUCUUGCAUAAUGUUUUCAGUCCUGGUGUUGUGUGGAGCUGUAGUGAUUAUUGGAAUCUUCAAUAUGGAAUAUUAUACAGUGGAGCCGUCUAUUCCAUGUAGUAGGAUAGCGCUCAUAGGAAAUGUGUUCCAUCCUCAUCGGUUCAUUCAUUCGGUGGUACAUGCAGUGAUGGGGAUGCUGAUGGCGUGGUGUGCAGCUGUCAUAGCUGGGGGGCGUUACCAGAUGAUCAGUGUACCUUGCUCAUCUCAAGACGGUUCUGCAUCCAGUAGCAACAUGUGCCUGAAUGAGUUUCACGUUUUCUUACUGAUGGAAGGAGCAUUUAUAGGAUACAGUUACAGUCUGCUUUAUUUUGUUAACAACUUCAAUUAUUUAUCUUUCCCAACUCUGCAGCAAUUCAAGUACCUGCGUUUCAAAGCAAACCUGUCACUGGUCAUUAAAUACAGUGCUGUGCAGUCACUGUAUUUCCUCAGGAAUUACUGCAUCCUUUACUACUUUCUAGGUUAUGUGCCAAGAGCUUGGAUAAGUGCCUCAACAACUCUUCAAAAAGACAGCGCACAGCAUUCUCUGGACACCCUGACUGGACUGCUUGACUUGCCGCUGCUCUACACAACCUGGUUAAGUGGUACAUUUCUCUUGGUUACCUGGUACAUUACAUGGGUGCUCUUUAAAAUCUUCGUUACAGAGGUAUUCCAAUUUUCUGUGCAGUCCAGUUUUGGAGAGGAAGCUGAUCAGUGCCUUCCUAAAGUUCUAACUGCCAAUGUUUCCCCUUGUGUAAAGUAUCUUGCGUUGCAAGAUUUGGCCUUGCUUUCCCAGUAUUCGCCCUGCCGAAGACAAGAGGUAUUCAACCUUAGCCAGCCAGGUGGCCAUCCUCAUAAUUGGAUAGCCAUAUCAGGUGAAUGCUUAGCCUUGCUAAACGACCUAACACAAAAGCUGAUUGAGUAUCAGGAAGCUGUUGCUGCCAAUGGUCGAAUCAAACUGUAUCCCAUUCCUGGGGAAAGUCACCAGUCAAGUACAUCAGAAACUUCCUGCCUUGAAGAACCUGCCAGCUACCAGCCUUCCCUAAAGACCCCAUUCUUUACUCGUUUUCCCCAAAGCCCUCUGGGUUCAUCAAUGAACAAAUCUUCAUCCUUGAGGAGCCUCCUUAGUCUCCCCUUUACACCAGAUUUGGGCAGUCCUUUUGACUCGUCUGCUGUGAACCGCUUGAAUGACUUGGGAUCUCCUUGCUAUGGUUCUGUACAGAGCCCUCGUUUAGUGAAGAGGGGGCCAAAACUUUGGUCAUCAGCUUCUGGUUCCACAGAGUACUUGGCAAGCACAAGUCAAUUUGCUGGUCAAACUGCCCAGGUUGGCAGCAGAACUCCUGAAGUAACCAAGCACAGUCCCAUUUCAGAAUGGAUACUUCAGAGACAAGAACAGGUCAAAGCUUUUGUGUUGAAACGGGGGCCGGUAAUGUAUUUAUUUAACAAGCUUCCAGAAGCUUCAAGUCAGGCCUUGUUUGCGAACAGUCAAGCACAUAUUUGGGCUCUUGAAGCCCUAUCCCAUCUUGUGGCAGCCUCGUUUACAGAGGACAGAUAUGGUGUAGUGCAAACAACGCUAUCAUCAAUUCUGUGUGCCAUGCUCUCUCUCCAGGAGGCCGUUGACAAACAUUUUAAACUACCUCAUGCUUCUAGCAAGCCAGCAAGAUCCACUGGUACUCUGAUAGAUUCUUCUUACAAGACUCUGAGAUUUGCCCUUCGUGCCUCCCUGAAAACUGCAAUUUACAGGAUAACCACCACCUUUGGAGAACACUUAAAGGCUGUCCCGCUUUCGACAGAACACAGAAAAAGGCUGCAGCAGUUUCUGGAAUACAAGGAAUGAAGUCAAUUGAAAUCUUCCAGACUCAAUGAUCACAGGGUCAAAACUUUAUACCACACUACCAGCAUUGUCCGUUUGUUGUUCUAAAGUUCCCUUUUAUAUUCUGACAAGUGUAGGAUUAUUUUCUUCUUUCAAACUGUUAAGAACAAUCCUGAGAUUUCCCUGUUCAUGGGGAGAGACUUCUCAGCUCAAAAUUUGGUAAUUUUUUACAUCUUUACAGUGUGUGUGUAUUUCUUUUGAAAUGCUGUUUGGAAUUUAGCAAGGUUAUACUUAAGGUUCUAAUAAUUUUUAACAUCUGUAUCUAUGCAUAUCUAAAUAACUUGGCUGAACUUUCGACCAAGUUAAAAUAGACCACUUUCACAAGCCAAAUAUUGAAAAUAUCAUGGAAAAGCAAAAACAACUACUGAUUCUGCAAACCUGGAGAAGACCAUAAAAUGCAGGAAAUGUUUGACAUCUGAGGAGCGUGUUUUGUGUCGCAGAGAGGAGUUUGGAUGGAGACCAAGUGAGAUGAGAUUUGACAGCUGGGAGAAGGUGAUGGUAAAAGUAGUCUGAUUGGUCUGGAGGAGAUGUAAGUAGUAGGAGGUGAAGGUGAACAUAGAAAUUUCAGAUAACCAGCAUACCUUAAUUGUAUUAGAACUGGCCAGUAACAUUAACUGUUUUCCUCUCCAUGGAUGCUGCCUGAUCAGCCGAAUGUCUUCAGCCUUCUCUUAUUUCAGAUUUCCAGCAAUUUCAGUGUUUUUGUUUAAUCUCAUUCUCAUUUGUUUCCUUCUAUUUGCAUCUCCUUCAGACAGAUCUGUGCUGAUUAAUCAGACUUCAACUUUCUCACUCAGCUGAUACCACCAUCUGUGUUGUUUAGUUCCUCUGUCUUUGCCCUAAUGCACGUUUUUUUGUAACCCUCCCCCUUCUCUGCAACUUAAAAUGUUUGAUUUCUAACGUUACCUGGUACCUCCUGAAAGGUCAUCAGCUUGAAACAUUAACUGCUUCUCCCUCCACAACUCCUGGAUAAUCUACUGAGUGAUCACAAGAUCACGACAAGGGAGCAGAAGCAAUAUUUUCUAUUUAUUUUGAGUAUGUUUUGUAUGUGAAUCUGUUCUCUAAAUAUUCAGAUUGCAUGGUACAUUACUCAGUAAACAAUGGCUGUUACCUACUUCUAGAUGCAGCUCUAGUUGGCAAGUAUUCACACAGAAUAUGGCCUUGUUAUCUUAAUGUAUUUCUACAGUGAAAAUGAAGAAUAAAUGUAUGUAAAAAUAAUUAAGUUUAUCAAGAAUAAAAUGGUCUGACUUUU